CUCUAACUCUAUAGUUUAUGCUCAUUUAGGUGCUUGCUUGUGUGUGCUUGGUUCCUUUUCAUUAUCAUUGACUAUGUUAUGUUGAUAACAGUUGUUCAACAUUAUUUGUGCCGUUUAUCCUCGUUACUUAUUAAAAGGAAUUAAAUAAUUUAUAGUUACUUAGAAGUUAUAUAAUAAUAAACCUCCAAAAUGGAUAGAGAAGACGGUGAAAUGAGUGAUGAUAACGCAAUGGUGGUUGAUGAUGUAAAAGAACCAAUUUCAUACACUGAUGAUUGUACACUGGUGUACAAAGCUGACAAAGCAGGAUUAAUCGUUGAAAAACUUGAAAAAGUGGAUGCUUCUAAGAUAGAAGAACGAGCAAAACGAUUUGGUUUGAAUCUUACAGGAAAUAGAGUAAUAACACAAAGGCAGAUAGAUGAACUUUAUUCAAAUUUUGGCAUAGAAAGUGGAAAUGAGAGACAUUUCCGUUUUGAUGCAAUCAACUUGCAUGGAGUUGAUGGACUAUCUACAAAAGAAAUAUUUCAAUAUUUAGAAGACUACAAACCUGUGUCCCUGGAAUGGAUAGAUGAAGUAUCAUGUAAUAUUGUCUGCCAAGAUCAUAUAUCAGCAGCCCUGGCAUUAUUAGUUCAUUCUAGAGAAAUUAAAGAUGCAAAUUUAAAGGAAAUGCUUGCUGCUAAUCCAAAUCACCAUUGGCGUGAAGGAAUGCCACAUCCUAAAAAGGAUCUUAUUUUAAUGAGAUUUGCUACUAAUGGAGACAAGAAAAUGAGCAAGAAGAAGCCUCAAAGUAAAUGUACAGAUGACUAUGCUGAUCAAAAUAUGGAUGCAGUAAAUAAGAAUCCCUGGGGUGAUUUAUGUAAAUCUUGGGGAGUUUAUGAUCAUCAAGAAGUAUUUCAGCGAAAGCCUAGAUAUAAUAAUUAUGAAGAUGAAGAUGAUGAUUUAGAAGAGCCUGAUAAAAUUGUUAAAAUUAAAAAUAAAAGCUUAGCAAGCCGUCUUGGUAAAAGGCAAGCUAUUAGGGAUGACUAUAACAUUGAAGAAGCUGAAGAAAGUGAUUCAGAUUCUGAAUGGAAAACUAAAUCAAAGGCACCUCGAAUGAGAAUGCAUGCAGAUGAUGAAGAGUCAAAGCGAAAGAAGAAGCAAGCUUCCCUACUAUCCAGGGAUUCAGAUGGAUAUUCUGCAUUGUCAAUUGAAGUAGAAAAUUCCCACAGCAACUAUAAACCGAGAGACCACACAGUCAUAUCUGACAAGUUUAGAAGGAAUAAUGUACAUAGAAAAAAGCAUGGUAUUCAGUCAAGGUUAGGUAAUAAGGUGAUAACUGUGGAAGAUAAUGAUAGUUUUUCCAGUGAGGAAGCAUCAGAUAACUCUGAUAGUUAUGUUAUGAGUAGAGUGCAUAAAGUAAAUUCUAGUAGUAAUAGUGUAUGGUCCAGGUUAGAUAGGAAACCCACCAGUACCAGAAAUACAAGUGAUCACAGUGAUUUACGUCAAAUUUUGAAAUCCAGGAAACAUGGGAAGUCUGAUGACCUACGAGAAAAACUAGGAAAAUCCAAACAAAGUAAUUUACGUAUUGAAAUUGACAAUAAUUAUGCACAUGAUGAUGAUGAUGAUGAUGAUGAUGAUGAUGAUUUAUAGUGUUUAAUGUACCAUCAUUUCAUAUUAGAAAAAGUGUUCAUCUUUUAUUUUCUUUGUAAGAUUUUAGAUUCAGUGUACUACAAAGUAAAUGUUUUUUUUACAUAUUAUAGUAGAUAGAUAUAACAAUAAUACUUUGUAAAUGUUAAUACUGAAUAUUAACAUGAAUUCUCUUCAGUUUAUAAAUAUAAGGAUUAUGAAUGCAUGCAUGUUUGUGACCCUGAUCAGUGCAAUUAAAGGAAAUAUUACACUAACACCCGGUUUCUGAAAGGGAUGUCAAUACUAAAAUUAACUAAUCUCCUGUUAAAUAUCUUGUCAAGUCAUCUGAUUGGUUAUUGAUGAUUCAGUCAACCAAUCAGAUGACUUGACAAAAGAUUACAUUGAUUUUAACAUUGAUUUCUGUGUAUAUGUAUAAUAAAUGCCUCAAAAACAUUUUGUACUUGGGAUUUAUAUUAGGCUCACAUUAGUUAAUUAAUUAAUAUUUUCAUUCAAGUACAGCUUAACCUUAUUUCCGUUAUAUAAAUGAAAUGUAGCAGAAUAAAAUGAAAUAAAUGAUUUACUUUAAAUUAAGUGAAUUAUAAUAUAGUCUAGAUUUAAAUUCUAGUUAAAUGAGUUUGACCAAGUUUUUACUGUACUUAUGUUAUUAUAGGACUGCAUAAUCAAUGGAAUCAUAUAAUUCAGAUAAGGUAUUGGAAAUAUUUAUGUUGUUGGAUUUAUUUUCUACACAGAAUGGUACAUGAUGUUGUGAUAUCAGAUGCAGUAUUCAGUUUCAGUGCCCAUAUUUACUACCACAAUGUCAAAAGGGUAUCAGUUGACCAUAAUACAUAAUAUAAGAUUUCUUUACUGAUUAUACUAAAUGGGGCUUAUUUUAGUGUAGCAGUAAUGUGGGGUUAUGGAAUACUGCACCUUGAUAUUAUGCGGUUGUGUACAUGUGUUACUGACAAUACACUUAAGUGUUAGUUGACAAUAAGAAACAACCUACAAUAAAAGAUUUUAAGGAAAUAAAUUGGUUUGUUGCUUUUAAACAUCUAACUCCUUUAGUGUAAUUAAUGACUAAUAAAUCUAUGGCAGGUGUACCCAUACUAAAUAGCACAUUAAGAUGAUUACAAUUUUCAGAAGUUUAAUAAUAUCGGAAUAUAUGGACUUGGAAGUUGAACUCCGCAUACCACCUUUUUAUGUGACAGGACGGCAAACGAGCAGGCGAAUAAACUGAUGGUAAGCAAUCAACGCCGCCCGUGGACAGCCGCAACAACGGAAGCGUUACGAUUGCGUUGCCGGCCUUUCGUGGAUUAGGGCAAUCUUUUAAAAUUUAUCGUUCUAGCUACAAAUGUGUAUGUCAGAUUGAUAACGUAGCAGAAGUAGGUUUUAAUAAAAAUAAAAUUCAUUUCAACUGGAAAUCAAUUUUUAUUGUUAUUUGUUGUGCAUUAGAAUAAAAUCAAUUUUGUGCUAUGUCGCAAAACAAAAAUCGUGAUGUUAGUUAGCUGAAUUAAAAAGUGUACUGUCCAUAAUAUCUCUAUUAAAAUGAAUUAAUCAUACUACAAACUAAAAACAAAAUUAUAAAAUAAAAUGUAUCAAAAUAAACGAUCAAGAAAUGUGGGCGCAAAAGACUAGUUAUUAGUAAAUCUAUUAUAAAAUAUGUAUAUUAAUAGAAUUAAAUUAAAAAUAUAAUUAUAACAUUUGAUGCGUCAGCAACAAAUAUAAUAUGUAUUUCGAUAAUUCGGAAGACGAGUAUUAGAUUUGACUAUAAUAUAACAAAAGUAUUUAUGAACUUAUGGGUGGAAUAUGAAUAAUGAUUGUCUUACUGAUUUUGGGUAAGUAUAUGUAUCGUGUUAGGAUAACUCCUGUAUUUGUAAAGCCUCUAGUUAUAUUGACGAUUUACUAAUAUGAAUGACACAAUAAAUAAACUAAAAUAAGGCCAUUAAGCGAGCUAAUAAAAAUGUACUAAUGGCUGAUGAUGUACUAUUACGAAAAUUCAAACAUUGUUUGGAUUCUAAAAUUAUUGUAACUAAAUGAACUGUGUCCAAAUUUUCCGUCUAUAUUUAUUUAAAAUUAUAUGUAAUAGAUAGUAAAUAUAUUAUUUUAUUGAAAGAACUUUUAAUUUGUUUUAAUCUUUAAAAAAUAACACUUAUGCAAGCUGAUAUUGAGUAAUACUGAUGAUUUUUAUUUUAUCCGUUCCAAAUUUCCAUUGCUAAUUGAAAAAUAAUUAUAAGUACACAGUUUUCGUACUACUUAAUUUGAAAUUAUACAUCGCAAAACUUAACAGUAAUAAAAUAAAAAAUAUAAUAUCAUAUUGCCUGUAUCAAAAAAUAUAAUAAUAAUUUUAAUACUUAAAGCGUUUCUAAUAAUACAAAUAAUUUAGGCACUUGUUAGUAAUUAUGCAAUCAAUUCGAAUGUAACUUAAAAUAAUUUGGUGCAAAUUGUUAUCAUUAUUGCAAUGUGCACUUGCUACUUUGACUUCUAAUUAUAUUUUCUAUCAUUAUGCAUAUUCCAGAACAUGGCUGGCGCAACUAAAGAUAGUCAACAGAUCAAUUCCUAAGAUAACUUUCUACACAUCUAAAUUCUGGCACGUAAUUUCCACAUUUCAAUAUUUGAAAUGAUAACUUGUUCUUAUAAAUCAACUUUGAGUUGGAUAUAAAUAGCUUUCCCAAUGAUUUAAUGUGUAUAAAUAAAAUGUAUAAUUAGUGGAAUGUUUCAGUCUUACUUAUAAGUACGUGCUACAUGCUUAUAACGAAACACAAAUUGGUUUCAUACCAAAAUGAUUUAAUUUGGAUGAAAAAAAUAACUGAGUAAUGUGUCCAGAACUAGUAAUUACUAUCAUUUUACUCGUUUUUCUUUGUCUUUCUCUUCUUUGCGUUCACUUGAAUCUUCUUUCUUCUUAGAUAUUAAAGUGUGUUUUGCUUUCUUUAGUUGUUUCUUAACUUUGUCUUUUACCUUAUUUUUUUUUGGUGUUGGAAUUACUUCAACUGAUUUCAUAGAUGAACUAUUUGAUUCACUAUUUCUUUGGGCUGAAAAGAU